AUGCGAGAGGGUGAUUUUACACGUACAGGUCGUCGUGAUAUAAAAGGUGUUUUAGCUGAUGGAAAAAUCUCAGCAAAUCGUUAUUAUCGUCGUUUUAAAAAGGAUACUUUGCGACAACAAUGUUAUGAUGCAAUGCAAAAACAAAAAUCAUCAACUAUGGAAACAAAUAAAGAUGUCAUAACAAGAGUUAAUUCUGAUUUUGUUGACAUUCCAAUGGAAGUAGUAACAAAUCGUGAAGAUAUUUUAAGACAAAUGAUACUUGAUUGUCGAAAAAUGUUUGUUUGUGAAGAAACUGAAGAUUGUUUUGGUACUUGGCCUCUUAUUAAUGAUAGUGAAUUAAAUGAAGUGUUAAUUGAACAAACAGAACCUGAUUGUGUUCUUGUUCUAACAUCAACUCGAUAUUUUAUUGUUUGUUAUGAUGAAACAUUUCAAAAAGUUGUUUCAUUUAAAGAAACUCCAUUAACAUCCAUAAAUAAUAUUGAAGUUGGUGAAAAUCCUUUAUCACCAGCAGGUAGUUCAUUGACACUUCGUAUUCAUUUUACAAAAGAAGAACAAACAAGUGGUUAUUAUCAUCAAUUUCGUGGUACAAAUGUUCAAAUUUUUAAUACAACAGUUAUAUUUCUUAAAGAUAUUGAUCAAAUAAAUGAUUAUAUGAAAACAAUCGGUCACAUGAUUGUAUCAAUUGUUAAUUCUUUUGUACAAAAAUCACUUGAACUUAAGGAAAAAAAAUUAAAUAGAAUGAACAGUUUACCAGAUGAUGUCGAACCAUUUCAAAAACGAAUGAGUUUUUCUGCAACAGAUAUGCCACCUCUUGCUACAAUAAGUGAUGCUGCAACUUCAAAUAAUAAAGCAACAAUAAAUAAAAUAAAAGAUUUCGGUUCACGAUUUUCAUCGAUGGUUACUCGACAAGCAGCACCUACAAUUAAUAAAUUAACGACGCAAGCAAAACAAUUACCAAUAAAUGAAAAAGUAACAUCAUUAUUGAAAGUUAUUGGUGAUAGUCCAUCAUUAAUUCGAGCUGGUACAACAAAAUUUGUAGCAGAAGAGGGUCGUGCAUCACCAACGCCUGACAAUCGAAAAAAAAUGCUACAAGAAAAAUUUGAUGAAAGAAAAAAAGAAUUAACUUCUAUACAAUGUCAAACGAAAUGUUUUCUUUUGCCUUCUCCUGAUCUCACCAUCAUUUACAUUCCAAAUAAUGAACAAAAAUAA